AUGCGUUCUUCCCUUUCUACACGGCCUGGUGCCGCUCUAGCGCUGCUGCUGCCAUUACUUCUGCUUCUCUCGCAGCUCCCCUCGGCGCGCGCCAUCAAGUUUGACCUGACGUCGACGAGUGCCGGGCCCGUCAAGUGCAUCUGGAACUACGCCCUCUCCGACACGCUCGUCGUCGUCACCGUCAACACCAAGGCGCACAACAGCGUCGAGCCGGCAGGCGAGCAGCGCAUCGACGUGGAGGUGGUGGACGGCAGCAAGCACAACAACAUCUACCUCUCCAAGAAGGGCAUUGGAAAGGCAGAGACGCGCAUGGCGAUCAACACGCACUCGCACGCCGACCUCGGCGUCUGCUUCCGCAACGUGCUGCGCAAGGGUCUUUCCGCCAACCCGCCGCGCAUCACGACGAUCGACCUGGACGUCGACAUUGGCGCCGAUGCCGUCGACUACAACGCCAUUGCGAACCAAGAGUCGCUCUCAGGCCUCGAGACGGAGAUGCGGAAACUCGAGGCCGUCGCGACGGAGAUUGUCAACGAGAUGGACUACCUGAAGAAGCGCGAGGGCAAGAUGAGGAACACGAACCAAUCGACAAACUCGCGCGUCGAGAACUUUGCCUGGCUCACCCUCAUCGCGCUGCUGGCGCUCGGCAGCUGGCAGGUGUUCUACCUGCGCAGCUUCUUCAAGCGGCUGUACCUCAUCGACUAG